AUGACUAAUACUGAUGAUAAUUACUUUAGAAAAAGGAAUUGUGACCAGCAACGUGCUAUAUUGAAAUCAAUCGAAUCUCGCCUGCGUUACCAGUUUACCACCCGUAGCCAGGAGAAGACAACAGUUAUCUUCAAAUUAAAGAAAAAUCAUGGAUUUAGUGGCAUGUUAUCUUCAACUGUCUCUGCUAACAACACAUGUUCUUUUAACCCAAUCGAAGGGGAGUCGAUAUUCUGCACGCGGGCAACAGCCAACUUCCAGAUGUGACAUGGGUUCGAGAAGAUACUUAGCCGCUGGACCUAGAAGAGCAUGUUCUUAUCUAUCCUGUAAAAACUACGGCUAUCAGGAGCAAAACUGCCCAGCUGGAACUCGGGUAGAUACUAAAUUUCUCAAAAAGGGGAGGAACAAAAUCGCCCAGAGAAUGUUUCCAUGUAUCCGGAAAGGCCCAGCAUGUCGUAAUGUACUUAAUGAUGCUGUUGUACCAGUUGGUAAAAAACCCUCCCUUGGUCUAAAGUUCUGUGGUAUUGACCUCGGCAUUGGCAUCGAUACGUCGUGUAGCAUUUCGGAAGAGAACAAACAAUUGGUCAAAAGUUUCAUCGUUGCCCUAUUAAGUAAAUUGAAAAUAGGUUUUGGAUACGUCAAAGUGGCCGGGCUGACUUUUGCCGAAAAACCUAAAGUUAUCCAGCUACUGGACCAAUCCAACUCAAAUCAAGCUACCAACUACAGAUUUAAAAACAUGGAUUUGAAAGCAGAUCGAUGUCGUACUCAUACCGAUGAUGCUUUGGCGUUUUUCAACGACAUAGUGUUUAAAGAGUCACACGGCGAUAGACCUAAAAAGAAAAACAUAUUAAUUUUUAUGUCAGAUGGUUCCACGUAUCAUGGUAAAAAUGUUAAAAAUGAUGUAUAUGUUGAAAGGACAAAACGCAUUGGUAGGGAGCUACGUGAACGCGGGGUGGAGAGUUUUGUGCUUGGAAUGCCGACCAAUAAGAACAAAAUUGUAGGAAUGGAAGAAUGGAUUGAAAUUGGUGGUGAUAGUGCACAUGUAUUUCAAUUGAAAUCAUUUGCCGAAUUAAGCUCUAGAAUAGAUGAGUUGAUACUGAGGUCGUGCGAGAAUGCAACGAUGAACUUCUGGGACUGAUUUUCAGGGCAUUUCUCAGAGAUACAAUUACUAAACUUACACAAUUAAAAGAACAGUUUUCAUCAAUCAGGAAAUCAUCCCCUGGGGAUGUUCAGUAUAACUCCACAAGCAUGGGGAUGAGAAUGAUGAAGGGAUGGUUUGUUGACAUUGCUCUGGACACUAAUUUCUAGCAAAAUAAACAAUGCGUGAUACAUGUAUGCAAAACUAAUAGGCUUCUCUCACUAAAACGACAUCUAUUCAAAUAUUUUAAUCGUGCUACAAAAGAUAGCUCGCUGUAUAUUAUACAGUCACUGACAUACAAUAGUAGUAUCAUUAACUGAUCGACCACGUAGAUCGAUACAGUAAAAUAAUUCACUCACAAGAUUCGGUUUUUUGUACAAUUGGCCCAUCUUUACGAAACUAUAUUUCGUAACAUUCACAUAAUUUUUAUGUUGGGGGGAAAUGGCAGCUUUUUACUUUGCAAUCAGUCACAAGGUCAAUAUAGGGGCUAUUUAUGAAUUCUUAUUUAUAACUAAUGAAUUCUAUUUUCCUGAGCAAACCGCUUGAUUCUCUGUAAAUGAUAACCAAACAAAUGAAAAUAAAUAAUAGGUUAUGAAUGAUUGAUGGAC